AACAGUUUAUUUAUAAUAAACUUUUUCAUUUCUCUUUAAAAAUAAUAAAUUGUAUUGCGAUAAAACAUAACACUACUUUUAGUGCAAAACUGCUAGUAGUUGAUGGUAAAUUAUCAAACAUUUUUCAAAAUCUAAAAGUUUCAAGACUUUCAAGUAGUUGUUUUGUUUAUUGGCAUGGCGGGCAUGGCGUGAAAGUGAACAGUUCGAUUGUUAUAACCCUCAAAAAUGGCUGGAAAACGUUCAAUAAAUAAUAGUGGAAGAACAGUGAUACCUACAGCUAAGACAAUUAAAAUAGUAACUAAGAAUACCAGUAUUCCUGAUAAUUUUGAAGAUGCAUUAGGUAGUAAAGGCCAACUACAGCUACGUAAUAGAUGUAUAAAUUUAAAAAAUACUGAAGUUAUUAAACAUAGGAGAUCCCGUAAUCGUAGACUUAAGAACAUAUCCCGAUCCCUUUCCAAAAAUUUAAAAAGUGUCACAACAAAAAAUGCUUCUGCUAACAUCUAUAUUAAUACAGAAACUUUAGAGACUCCCACAAGAUCUAAUUAUAUCAUAUCUUUAGAGAAUCAUCAAGAAGAUGAUUUGGACUAUGAACCAGAUUUUGAAAAUCGCCCUAGCAGUACAUUUUCUUGUAACAGUACAAUUAGAGAUGAGAAUGCAUCUGUUCCACAAAAUUUAGAAUAUCAGAUAAGAAAUGAUGAAUUUAAUAAUGACACCUCUUAUGAUUUUACAACAGAAGAAAAUCUAUCUGUAUCUCAUAGAAGUGACAUGAUACCAUACACCAGAAACCACGAUGAUGAAGAUGGGGAAAAUGAUUAUAUUACAUUUACACCUUCACAUUCUUCUCAGGUUCUUCUGGACAGUUCUAGUUCAAACGGAAGUUCUCAGAAAGAUGACAAUAUUGAAGAUGAUGCAAAUAGUUAUGUCACGGAUUAUGACAUUCCAGACGAAGUAGAAAACAGACUUCUUGAAUCAGAUGAAAAUGAUGAUGAAAAUGAACAUGAAAAUGAACAUGAAAAUGAACAUUCUAGCACACUUUCUGAAGAAGAAGAAGAAGAAGAAGAGCAAGGUCAGAUUCAAGAAACAGCAAAUCCUGAUUUUCAGAAAACUCCGGUAUUUCAAGACUCCCAAGUUAGGAAGAUUGGAAAAAAUUUUGUUAUAACAGCAUUUAAUAAAAAAACAGACACAAACUCGAAGGUUUGUAUUAAGCGGCCCAAUAACACAAAUGAAAAGGUAAAAAUUAGGCGACUUAAUAGACCUAAAUGGAAUGCUCCGUAUCACCCUUAUCAAACUGUCACAGUUAAUUUAAAUGACAUAGGUUAUAUCGCACCUCCUUUGCGCAGAAAACUUAGCGAAACCAAUUCUGAAAAUUCUGAAGGCAGCGGUAGCGAGUCUGCUGCACCGACUAACUUCAAAGUUACCCUUGGACCUACUGACAAAAGGAAAUGCGAGAAAAUUCAGCCACCCUCCAUCGAAAAUGGUUUCAAGGUACCCCUUCCGCCUAUAAAAAGACCGCCAUCAAGACCUAAAAGACCAGGAAGUAGCUCGGCCAGUUCAAAUGUGAGCCCAUCUAGUUCUGUAACCGACUCAUCAGAAACAUACAACAGAGAAAAAUUUAUAAGGGACAAUAGGGCGAUUGUACGUUUGCCCCAAAAAGAGGAUGAUACACUUUCUAUUGUGGCAUCUUCUAUAGAUAGAUUCGAAAUGGAAGAAGUUCAUGCUUCACUGGACAAUGACGUAUUUGAUGUUGGUAAUGUUGAUAACAGUAGGUCAUAUGUUACAGAUUGGAUAUCGUCACAAGUACCCAUAACCCCAAGUUUGAUGACAAAUAAUUCCAUUUCUUCAGCUCAGACUAGGGAAAAUGCUCCUCGUACUACAAUUCUUGGAACUCGAAUGAAUUUUAAAGAUGUUAAUCCAUUUUUUUCUGGCUUGUGUUUUAAGUACUUUUUUAAUGAAAAAUGUACUAGAAAUAAUUGCAAAAUGUCGCAUAAUGUUAAUAUUGCUGCAUAUACGAGAAAAUGUUGGGACCUGCAAAAGAGUGAAAUGGAGAGUAUAUAUAACUUCACUUUGCGAUUCCAUUUACUAUUUUCUCAUAUUUAUCCAGCAUUAAUCAAUGGUUUUGCAUAUCAUAGGAUGCAAAAUAAGCUUAUAACUUGUAUCGACGAUUUUUUUGAACUGCAGAGCGUCGUCAAUUCUCCUAGGGCUGUUGAAAAAGUUGUCGCUGCUCUGGUGCAAACUGGAUUAACGUUUUCAGAAGCUAUAGAGAAAAUUUCGUUUAACGUUGGAUUCAUGAGACAUCCAGAGUUGGCCGACAUACUUCUGGAUUUAAUAACGCAAAAGCCCAACUUGUCUGAAAAUUGGGAAGAAAUUAAACGGAUAUGCAGAGCUAAAAACUAUAUGCCUCCCAAUAUCCUGGAGAGAAUAAUAAGCAGAAUUUUGUUGAAGCCCACGAACAUCAACAAGGACAUCUGCAAAGACAUAUACAACACUAUAAUAAAGAAUGAAAUGACGGAUUUGUCGCUAGUAAACACCGAACUAUUGAGUCCUCUGAAAACGUUGGCUCAAUUCGGCAAUAAUGCUAUUAACAAAAACAACGAUCUGAGUAAUGUUAUCGAAAAGAAUUUGCUGAAAGAGAGAACACGAUUCGAACAGGAAGAAUCUCAAAAUGAGCCGCGAACUCACUUAAUCAACAUCGAUUCGGACGAAAGACAGUUUCAGUAUGUGCAGAAGAUAACGACGACGCCACCGCCGAGGACGAUCGCACCGCCAUUUUCCCCGCCACACAGCUCUAGUAGAAGUUCGACGAGCUCUGAGAAAUUUACCGUUGAACAAGAGAAUCGGAACGAAUUCAUUUCACCGUCGAGGGAUAAUAAUCAUUAUGUGCCACAAGCGCUUGCCGCUUUUUCUCAGACAUCAGAAGAGCCCAGCUUGGAGCCUAAUUUCCUUAUUAAUAUUCCCCCUCCUACGUUCAAUAGGCCACCUCCCACUUUAAAUAAACCUCCUCUUCCCACUUUAAUAAGGACUCCACCUCCCACUUUAAUAAGGACUCCACCUCCCACUUUAAUUAGGCCUCCUUCCCUAUUGACUCUAAAAAUUGAUAACCCGAAUAUUAAAUCUCCUAAAUCGCCUCCACUAGAAAUAAACUUGUGUCCUGAAAUACCCAUUUUUGGCAAAUUUAGGUACAAGAAAGGAUUCGUUUUUGACGAGUGUUUACACAACCUUUUGACGAGUAGUAGAGAGCAGGUACCGCUGAAUGAAAAUGAUAUAAUAAAACUGAAUAACAUAAUAAAAACCGGAAAUGGUGCUGGUUUUUUACAAAUUCUAGAACAAUAUAAGGGUCCCAGUACGUUGCAGAAUUUCAUUACGAUGUCUCUGGCUCAUUUAAAAAAUUGCGAUAAUAGGCCUUACAAUAGUCUGACUGAUUUAAUAGAAAAUAUAGAUAUUUUAAAACCAGAUUUUAAACGCGACCCGUUUUUGAAGGGCGUUUUUGAGGUAAUUGUUUUCAACUUGUUAUUUUUUCUCGAACGAAAAUGCCAAUGGAUGGACGGAAGAAAACUAAUAGAGCUGUUCUGCGAUUGGGAUAGCCUAAUUUCAUCCAAGCAAUUGUCCAUAAGGAAAUUCUCGCCGAUGGGCCGAUAUAUAUUUUUGGCGAAAUUUUUAACUGAGGCCAAAGCUUUUUAUAAGGUCUACGACAUAUUACAAUCUUCAGAUUUAAAUCUGUUGGAAUGUCCGGAAAAAUGGCGGCUGUUCCACUCACCGACUGUAGAUUUAGAAAGUCGGAACGCACUGUUAACUGAUUUUUUCAAAUAUGCCUAUUUGAAUAACAUUGAUGUCGUCUGUGAUAUAUAUCGUAAUAUAUUUCAAUUCGGUGAUAUUUGGGAAUUUGAUGCACUUAGCUAUUUCAACCCCAUGUUGGAAAACCUAAUAAAUACUGAAAAAACCUCGUCGCUGAAGCACUUUUACUCGAACAUUGAAAUAUUUUACAAAAAAAUGAGCAGGAAUAUACUGAGAGCAUUUAUAAUAUACCUAUACACUCAUAUAAACAUUGAAAAUACAUUAAAGUUGUAUUUAAUGGGCGUACAAAAAGGAAUAUAUGUCGAUUAUACCGGUAAGGAAACUUGGAUUCUGGUAAGGACUAACAUGUCAGAUGUCGAACUGAAACUCAUUUUAGAAUAUUAUAUGCGUAAACUAGACCUUCUACCCAAAGAAUUGAGCAACCACGAUCUUAUAAUAGAAAUCAAACUCCCCACCGAGAUGAUGACAUCGCCGAAUAUUUUGCAAAGAUGUGUGCGCAGCAUCGCGGAAGUGAAUAAUUCGGUUAAAAAAAUUUUAUAUCAGUGUUUCGGUAUCUUUUUGAGAGAACCCGAUCAGAAUCAAAACAGUAAUAGUACUGUUAUUCAUAUUCCUAAAGAAGAACUCAAUAGUGAGAGUAGAAACGCUUAUAGGUGAUAAAUUUUAAGGUUUACUUCUUUUUCUUCUUUAGUUUUGCGUUAUGUAAGUAUAUUUAAAUAUGUUUUCCCAUAUUGGGAAUAAAGGUCUGUAGAGAUCAUUUUCUACAUAAAAAAAUAUAUAAAACAAUCAUAGUAAUAUGUUACAGAUUUUAUAAACUUAAUUAAACUUUUUGGACCAUGCAUGCGUGAGAUGUCAUGUUGGACGGAUGACAGCUCGAGUAUGUGCGGUUCGAAAAGUGUUCUCAAUUGCUAUAUUUCUUACUGACUCAGCUCUAAACUAAUAACGGUUUUUUUGUAUAAUAUGCCUCCCCUUGAUAUUUUGUAGUGUGACAAAUGACAGGUCGAACAAUAUUUACACUAUAUCAAGAGCUACUAUUGAAUCAAUUUAUAAUUCCUAGAAACACCUCGUAUUUUAUAUUAUAAAGCUUUUUACGGGCUUUCUAAGACCAGGGCUUAGUUAUUUUCUUACAUUUAGUUCAAUUUUUGAUUUAUUUAUCUAGUUUUUCGCCUUUCGUCUUUUCCUCAGUCUGCCUCACUUCGAUUUAUAAAUUAGUUCUUUUCCUGUUACAUUUUUUACUAUUAUUGGGUCGUUUAUGCUGUCUAGAUGCCCAGCCACUAGUAUUUUUGAAAUUAUACACAUCAAUUUUUUGUUCUUUGUAAAAUCUAGUCCAGGUUUUUCUAGCCUAAGCAGUAGGGUAACCCCUGUCCUGGGCGUUAUUUGUGAAAAUAUAGAAUUAAGCUAAAAAUAGGUUGGUUUAAUUAGAUGUUCUCAGGCUACCUUUUAUGGGUGUUUCUUUUCCAGUCUUUAUCUAGAGGAUAUUUGUAACAAACAACCCCGCAAGAUUACUUCCCUCUAGUAUUGAUAGUUUUCCCUCUAUAGCGUUCUGAAGGGAGCACGUCUUGUCGUUGAAGGCCACAUUCCCAUGUUUUGCACUGCUUUCAUUUCGCGAGCGUUAUGGGCCAAAUGGAUGGUCUUAUUGACAUUUUUCAAAAACCCAUUUUUCCUCAAUAAAUACACUUUACAAUAGUUUUUGUUCGAGUUGUUAGCUUGACAAUUAUUAGGUGAAUUGCGAGCGCUCAAAAUCGGCUGAUGUUUGUAAAUUUCAUUAAAAUUACCUAUGUUUUGUUAUACUUAUAAUUUCCCAUUAAAACCUAUAAAAAAAAUCUAUGUUGGACUCAAUUGUUCAUUAUUAGUGAAGCCAGCUAGAUACGAUUCAUCAGAGCAUUGAUUUACCUCUCAGUUUUUGCAUUUAAAAUACACCCUUUGGGGCAACAUCAGAGAUAACAGGAGAUAUAGCUAUUCAUUGACAAAAUAUAAUCGUAACGCCGACAUCGUUACCACAGCUUAAAUAAUUUGAUAUGGUUCAGUUGUAGAUCAGGAGUAGAGAGACAUGUGGUGCGAGGUAAGGCAAGGGAUAAACUGAAGGAUUUGACGACCCUACAAAAUAAUUUUAACAAUGAAUACAUGUGUAAGCCGUUGUACGCCCAUAUUAAACAACGUACAAAAUAAAAUCAUGUAGUACAAGAUAUUCAGCUCAACAUUAACUAGGUUUUGGAAUUUAAUGAAAAUUAUUACAUCUAAUUUAGUGAAAUUACGUCUAAUUUAGUAAAAUUGCAUCUAAUUUAGUUAAAUUUGAUAUAACUAAUGAUUCAAUUUUUUUGGGGUUUAGUUGUAAGUACCUGUUCGGUCACCUUCGUGAGUGUUUGGUCACAUUUAAAUAAAAACCGAUUCAGACAAUUCACACUUCCCUCCAUGAUUCAAACGAACUCCUGCGUGAAUACCGUUUAAAAAAAUUUAAAAAAAUGCGUUUCUUGUAGAACUUUGAAUACAUUUUAAGUGCAUCUAUUUGUUUCCUUGUAAUUUUCCUACUUGCCCAUUUUGUUCUAUUAAAAAGGAAUCAGAUUUUCCAGAUUUUUAAAAAACUUUUCUUCUACAGUUUCGGCUAUUGAAAACCGGUUUGCUAGAAUGUCGAAGCGAAAUCCACAGAGUUAGCAUUAGUGCAAGCAGUAAACGGCCGCCUGGCUUCGUGGGGAUAACUCUCGGUGUGCUUAUUCACAAUAUAUCAUGUCCGCUGUCUGCGCUGAGUGAUGUGAAUUGCGAAUAGACACAACAUAUAUCCCCAUCAUUCAACUAAUGCGAAGUCUGUAGUUUUCACUUCGACACUAGCAAACUGUAUUUGAAGGUCUUCAAUAGCCGCUACUGUAUAGAUUUAAUACAUUUAAACGUCUUUUCAAUGUUCUUUCGCUAAUUUUUAUAUUGUCACGUAAUUCCGGUUAAAUUAAAAUUUCUUGAUAAUUUAAACCCAGUAAAAAAUAUUCUUUAAUUGGCUUUUCUUGAUAAUUCAUUUAUAUCAGUUCGCAGUUCGUUUCCCUAUAGCACAGCAAAGACCACUCAAAUCCCAAAUUAAAUAGGCUGGAGAAAGGAUAAGUGGGAUAAAAAUCGUAAUCGGUGUUAUCUUUUAAUGUCGUUAAUUAUUUUUAAGUGUGAUAGGUGCAGGUGGCAAUGCCCUAAAAUGCUUUUGUAAAGAUGACAGGACUGGACAAGCAGGUCCUUCAUUAUCUAUUUUUUUACUUUUUUCUAAAAAUUUUGAAGCGUAUUAAUAAAACAAUACAAAAGUUUACUGUUAUAAAAAUUAUAGGUACCAUAAACGAACCAAACUUACUUGAACCCAAAUAUUUAUAUGAAAGUGUUUGUGCUUUGAAAGCUUUUAGUUGAAGAAACCGUGGGUGAUCGACCUUCACUCAUCUGAUAACCAGAUGAGACAUUUUUUACGCAAUUUUAUGGGAAGUUGCCAUUUGAAGUGUUCAUAGCUAUUUUUAAUUAAUCAUUUUUUUUUAUAACCGAACAAAUUUAAUUUUAACAGAUAAUUUUUAACGUGGAAAAUAUGCUUAUAUAGGCUUGUUUACUUAUUUCUGUUCAUGCCUACCUGGCAAGCAGGUAUGAAAGGUAAGUCAAUAUAGGUAACUACACCGAUAAAAAUUAAUAUCAGAAGAGAGAAUUUAAUUACGAAAAUAAUUGUAUAGGUUUGCCUGCAAAAAACUGUUGAAUACUAAUGCCAUGCUUUAAAGUUUUUAAAUCGGAGCAAUUAAAUAUGUGCGAGAGAGAAAGCGUCUUUCAAAUAGAUAAUCCUGCUGCGUAUAAAGUCCUACCUCGCCGCCAAAGGUUGUAACACAGUUUCGUCCGUCAUAUCACCUGCGUACGAUUCUAUGCUUUCCGUUUCCCAAGAUACGCAAUCGGCGGCGUCGUCGUUCGAAGAGUCUUCAUCCGAAAAAUCGUAAUCGGCCGUUUCUGGAAUAAACUCGAUAUCUUGAGGCCAACAGUUUUCUUGCCUACCGUCCAGCCAUUGCACUUUUAGCUAUCCCUCUAGACAAAUGUCGAUCACUUUUCCCGUUUUCUCUUCUUCAGCAGCUUUUGAUUUAACUAUACUACGAGGACACAAAUUUCGAAUGUUUCUUCAAAUCGUAAACACUCAUUUCAUUUAUUGCUAAUUCUGUAGGUUUUUCUCAGUUUCAGAGUAAGUAAACCAUUUAAUACUGGCAAUUCUUUCCGAAUAAUUGACACUUUGGCCAACACCGUAGCUGUCCGUUUCCGGCUUGCUAUCAUUAAUGACCCAUUCUCCGGGAAAACAUUCGUGAUCGUCUAAAGAUAUUGAAUAAUACAGUUGGGUGGAUGGUAUAUCUUUUUCUUAGGAACCGUCUUGCCACACUACGUUUACUUUAGAUUCUACGCAUAUUACCUCUACAGCUAAUGUGUUGCCAGGUACCAGAUCCUAAGAUUUAGGUGGGUAAUGCCUUUUAUUGUUUUUAGUUGAAUUAGUGAUAUGAGAAGAAGUGGUAUCAUCAUUAUCAGAUUCAUCCGAUUCUUCUGUCCACCAUUCAUCCUCCUCUGAAUUUAAAUUUACUUCUUUAUUUUGAGAGUAAACCAACGAUGACGACCUAAACUUACUUAUUCUAGGAAUUAUCUGCGCUAUCGGGACUUAGCGGGGUUGUCGGUGCGGUGGACUCUCUUCCCCCAAUAUUUUGGUCGUCAGCUAUCAUAAAACCGAAAACUGACGUCAGGAUCAUCCUUAUAUUCUUGCUUGACCCUUCUCGAACUGUCGUCUAGAUUAUUCUUGACGGGUAAUGACAUUUCUGGACUAUUCUAUCUUAUUUUACUUGUACUUUUACUUAUGACGACCGCAGCACACUGUAGGGCGAUGAGUAACAUUCCACUUCUUUUUCUAUAUGUACGUUUCCUAUAAUAAUAGCCGCAGGGUGCUGUGUAAAAAUAUUUAAUGCUUAGCAUUUUAUAUUAUACUCUUCACAGUUUGACAGACCCCCUCUUGUCCCCAUUUUCAAUUAGAUUUAAUUCAGAAUCAAGGGCUUCUUAUAGAGCUCGAUUUUUGUUAAAAAUUUCAAGUUAAUAUCAUUUUUCGUUUUUGAGUUAGAAUUUUUUUUUUAACUUUACUUAACCCCAUAUAUUUGUUUAGAUUAUUUCAGAAUCAAUAGGCUUUGUUCCCUUAUAGAGCUUGAUUUUUGCUAAAAAUUUCAUGUUGAUAUCGCUUUUCGUUUUUAGCUUGUUUCUUUUUUUUAAUUUCAACCUCCCUUAAACCGCCCAUUUUUUUUUUGCUAACAAUUUUUCGUUUUUGAGUUUUUCUUUUUAAAUAUAUUAACGCCUCCUGUAUCCCCCAAGUUAUUCAGAGUUUUCAGAAUCAAUAGACUUUAUCUUGUAGAGCUUGAUUUUCCAGACAUUUUGAAGUCGAUAUCAUUUUCGUUUUUGACUUAUCGUGUGGACAAAAAACGUGACAUUGGAUGGACGAACACAUACUGUGUGAAGAGUAUAGUAAUAAUUAUUAUAUAUUCCUUUUAUAAAAAUCUGUACUAUUUUUGCAUUUUAUUUUCUGACAAGAAACCUAAGUUAGUGUAACCUCGAAUGUAUCAGAAACGGUUAGAUAUAGGGCAAAAUAUUACAUAAAAAGUGUGUAAAAUGAAUCAUGGGAUUCAGAAAUGUUGAAAAAUAUAGGCGGUCCUACGUGAAAUUACAAAAUUAUCACUUACCACAAGUUCUUGGUAUUCAAAAUGAUCCUCAUCGGAUAGCCCACAUUUUUUACCUUUAAGCCAAAUUAUCGGUUUACUUUAAAUAGAACACCUAUAUUUUUUCAUACCAUCUGAAAGUUUCUUUCUUCCCCUAUUCAAAAAUGUAUACAUUGUGAUUAUUUAUUGAAGGUUUGAAGGAUAUAUUUUUUAUGAAUCUACAUCAAAAACAUAUAAUUGUACGAUUGUUGGAAUUUCUGUUAAAGUUUAUUCAUUUUUUAUAAUUUUUUUUAGUAUUCACGUAUCAUAAACCAUCCCAAACAAACAAACAAACAAACAAACAAACAAACCAAAAAGCGUGAAUAAUCGGGUCUUUAUCGCACGCCGUGCAUAUAAAGGUUCAAUAAAUAAGAUUAGAUUGUCAGAUUUUUUUUUGAAUUGUGAAAUUAAUGAAAUUGUUUACAAGUUUAUCUGAAUCAAGUAACAUGAAUAGAAAAAUUAUUCUAAUAAUUAAAUGAAAUGUCAAAUGACAUUUACCUACCCACUCGAUAAAAUGCAUGGAAUAUUAAUUUGCAUUUUUCAAUUAAAAUGAUUGUAGUUUUUACUAAUAUUACUAUUGUAAUUACACAUUCAUACUAAAAAAAUAUCUUAUGACACAAUGCAUAAUCGCCUUUAAAGCAUUCUUAACGUUAAGGACACUCUGCUGCGCGUCGUGGCCUUAAACUAGUUGCUCAUGCUUUAAAGGCUCGAUUAUGCAUUAGUGUCAUAAUGUACUAUUAUGGGUCUAUUUUCUGAUUUAUUAAAAAAAAAAUGAUCUGAUACUCGGUAAUCUAAAUGUGUCCUUCUUUCAAAGCCGCCUGAUAUAUUAAACAGCUUUGAAAAAAAAUAUAACUGAUGUUAAGAAACGUCAAAUGAUUUAUGUGACGUAGUUCAAGAACGAACACACUCAAAUUUAUUGACCGACAUUGUAAAAAUAGGUAUUUUUUGGUAACUAUGUUGAAGCAAAUUUAAGAAGUUUUAGCGAAAACUACACGUCGAUAUCUUUUUCCAUUCUUGAAUUUUAAGCUGUCAAAAUGUGUUACUUUAUAGUGGGACACUCUGUAUUAUAUUUUCCUUAUUAGUUCUGACUACUUAAAAAUUGAAUAUAGGACGCACCUUUCUGUCGUCCUCGUUAUUCCUCUACCUCCCGUCACUCUAACCAACACUAUUUAUAUAGGGAAGGUACCAUAUGUUGGCACGUCAUCAUCAUCAUCGAAAAGGUGAUUUUAUGGGAAAUUCAGCAAUACUGUUCAUUGCGUUACUUUUGUUUUUAGCGCUGUCUAGCGGGAUAAAAAAACUGUUAGGUGUUUUAAAGUAUGACAUUUCAUUUGAAAGCUACUUUCAUUUUUAAUUUCUUCCUCAAUGUGUUCAAUCUGCUUUUUUUUUCAUUCAGUAUAUUUGAAGUUAUUCGUAAAAAACAAUUUUUGAUGAAAAUAAAUACUUACAUUUCGUAAAGCGUCUUUAUUUUUUUAUAUUACUCUGUGUAGAAUUUUUUUUUAUUUUCGUUUUUAAGUUUCAAGAUUUUUUAAUAGAGAAGAAUGAAAUAAAUGUUUGAUACAUUUUGAAGUUAUACUUAAUUUUAGAUAGCUGUUGAGAAGAAGUUUUUUUUUUAUUUACUUAUUUUUUUUAUAGAAUAAACGUUAUUUCUUAUUAUGUACCAUUCAUCUCAUUUUGCCAGUGACUGUAGAUUUACCAUUACAUAAAAGUUUUCUAAAAAAAUUAUGGAAAUUCGAUUAUUAAUUAUCUCUGGAAAUAUCAUAUUUUUCUCAUUUUCAUGUCUUAUGAUUUUUUUUUCGGGAUAGUGCAUGUCUAAAUUUCGUAUUAAAAGUCAUUACUUUUAAAAUUUUUAGUUAUUGUACAUCUUUUUUUAAAAGAUAGAUUAUUUUACGCCUAUCUUCCAUUGGCUAAAUCUGUGAUAUUUGAAAUAACUUUAAUGUAACAAUUUUUAAGUAAAAAAUUGAAUUUGCAAAUAGGGGAAUAACACAGACUACUGACUUUUGACUUUUACAUACAUUUACGCCAACUAUAGACUAGUACAUAACUGUACAAUAUUUUUAUUAUAAAUAAGAGAAUCUCAAUACAUGAUUUGCGAGUUGCCAAUUUUUAAAUUCAUUAAAAUUUUACAAAACAUUUUAAAUAUGCGGGGGAAAAUUACAUAUGAAACCUUAAAACAGUUUUUCACCAUGAUGAGUUUAAACAUAUGGCCUAUUAUUUCUUAUUGAUUUGUUAAAUGUGCAUGAAAUAAUUUGGUUUAAUUACAAAUUUGUUUAAAAAUCCAA